UGCCAGUGAAUUAAAUAGAAAAGUUUUGCGAAUAGUUUUAUAAACACGAUAUGAAUUUUCAAAAACGGGAGACUCUGAUAUGAAGCAGAGGAACUAAACGUUCCGGCAAAUUUAAUCUGCGGUAACAUUUCAAGUCGCUUCACAUCAAUCAUAUAUCAUUCAAAUGCAUUUUUUGUUCGGAAUAGAUGGCCGCCAUUACAAUUUGAAUAGAUCAGAGCUGUGACAAUAAGAAGGACAAAAAUAGUUUGCGGAUCUGCAUUACAAAUACUACCAAUCUUGGAUUUCAACAAGGUAUGUUUGCUUGGCUCUGUAUUUCAAUGGUAAAUUUUCAUUAGAGGAGAAAGAUAAUGAAAUUCCAGUGAAGGGAAAUAUAGGAAGUAAAGAGAAUGGCAAGAUCCAUCAACACUUUUCACAGAGGAGGGGUAUUGGCCUUAAACAAUAAUAAUGUUACUCCUUCGUCUCCUAUGCACCGCAUUUCAAGCAUGAAACCCUCGUCAACUCCCCGCGAAAACAGUUCAAGUGUGUGGGAUUCGAAUGAUCCACCUCCUUCUCUAGAACAAGAAUUCAAGCAAGAUCCCAUCCUGUCCAAAUUCUUAUCAGACAAUUUUAAUUCCACUAAAUUCGCCAGUGAAGCCCUCAGCAGCGGAUCCGCCGCCUCUUGCGCAGAUAAAUUAGAAGAAGGCAUACGUCUCCUUGAAAAACAGUUAAGAAAUGAAGUGUAUUUACGCCAUGAUGAGCUGCUUCAACAGCUGUCCAGCUUGAAGGACGCAGAGGGGGCCUUGUCUGUGGUUAAAUCCGGGGUUAGCGGUCUGCAGGCGAGUGUAACUAGGGUUAGAUCCGAGAUUGCCGAGCCGUACAAGCAGAUCAAGGUGAAGUCGCAGCAGCUUAAGAACCUUCAUGAGACUGUAGAGCUUCUGCAGAGUAUUGUUAGGGUUUUGAGACAGGUGAAGAGACUCAGAGAGUUGAUGGAUGGCGGUGGUGCCCUUAAGCAAGAUUUGAGUAAGGCUGCUCAAUUAUAUAAUGAAAUUGAGAGUCUGAAAAGGGAAGGUGAUCUCGUUGGCAUUGAAGUUGUCGAUGAAGAGAUUCCCUGGCUUGUGGAUGCAGGAGGACGGUUGCGGUCUGAGGCGAUGAAGGUCUUUGAGAGUGGUAUGGAGGCAUUGAACCAGGCUGAAGUGGGCAGUGCAUUGCAGGUGUAUUAUAAUAUGGGGGAGCUGAAGUCCACUGUGGAAGGUAUGAUUGGGAAGUACAAGGCACAAGGCGUGAAAAGUGUGAGUUCUGCGUUGGAUAUGAAGGCGAUAUCAGCUAGUGUGGGUUCAGGUUUUGGUCCAGGUGGGAUUCAGAGGAGUGGGACUCCUCAGCUGGGAGGCAGUUUGAAAGCAAAGGAGGGGCUAUGGCAAAGGAUGGGGGCUUGUAUGGAUCAGUUGCAUUCAAUCAUGGUUGCAGUGUGGCAUUUACAGAGGGUGCUUUCAAAGAAGAGAGAUCCUUUCACACAUGCUCUGUUUCUCGAUGAAGUAAUACAGGAAGGGGAUCUUAUGUUGACAGAUCGUGUUUGGGAUGCACUUGUCAAGUCUUUUUCAAGUCAGAUCAAAUCUGCCUUCACAGCAUCGAGUUUCAUCAAAGAGACAUUAGUUUUGGGAUAUCCAAAACUAUUGUCUAUGGUUGAGAAUUUAAUUGAGUGGAUUUUGCGAGACACCAACGUCAAAGGUGUCCUUCCUGCAAUUAAGACAGAAGGGAAGGAUCAAAUGCUAGUUGCUAUAGAAUCUUUCCAGACAGCUUAUUUGGCUCAUUGUUUGAGCAGUCUUUCUGACCUCGUGAACCACAAUUUGUUCCCAUUGUCCAGCAGAGGAAGUAUUCCAUCUCAGGAGCAAAUCUCAAGGUUUAUUUCUCGUAUUCAAGAAGAAAUUGAAGCUGUUAAAUUGGAUGCACAUUUAACACUUCUAGUUUUGCGGGAAAUUGGUAAAGUCCUGCAGCUUCUAGCCGAAAAAGCUGAGUAUCAGAUAUCGACAGGUCCAGAAUCACGUCAAGUUAUGGGUCCUGUGACACCCUUACAAGUCAAGAAUUUUACCAUUUAUCUCCAUCUUCAAGAGGUUCACACACGUAUUACUGCCAUGGUUUCUAGCUUACCGACUGUAGCAAUGGAAGUUAUGUCACCAUCUCUAGGUGCCAUAUAUAGCGUGGCAUGUGAUUCAAUAACUCCUCUUUUCCAGGCCAUGCUUGAUCGUCUUGAAAGUUGUAUUUUACAGAUCCAUGAUCAGAAAUUUGGGGGAGAGAGCAAUGCCAGCAUGGAUGAAAAUGGUUCUGGAUACAUGGAGGAAAUUAAAAAUUCUAUAAUUCACUUCCAUAAAGAAUUUCUUUCUAAAUUAUUGCUUCCUACCACAGCUCACUCUACCUCUGUUGUUGGGGAGAGUAUAUGUGCGAGGCUUACUAGAAAAAUGGCUGCACGUGUACUGACUUUCUUUGUUCGACAUGCUGCUCUUGUAAGGCCUCUUUCAGAACCAAGGAAACUGCAAUUGACUAAAGAUAUGGCAGAGUUGGAGUUGGUGGUUGGACAAAACUUGUUUCAGGUGGAACAGCUGGGAGCACCUUAUCGAGCUCUUAGAGCUUUAAAGACCCUUUUCUUUCAGGAAACAUCCAAAAUUGAGAGCUGCCCUCUCCUGCAAGAUCUUCCUCGCAGUGUUGUGCUUCAUCAUCUAUAUUCACGGGCUCCAGAAGAGUUAGAAUCUCCUAUGCAGAGGACAAAAUUAACACCUAAUCAGUAUUCCUUAUGGUUGGAUUCUCAAGGAGAGGAGCAAAUUUGGAAAGGCAUUAAAGCUACAUUGGAUGAUUAUGGUUCAAAGAUUAGUGCCAGAGGAGACAAAGAAUAUAGCCCUGUAUAUCCUCUUAUGCUUCAGUUGUGCUCACCUCUCUCUGAGAAUACUCUUGUUUCAAAAUGAAAUUAAUGGAAAGACAAAAAGAUAUAGUUCUUCAUUAAAUAGGUUGAUUUUGGCAUAGGCUAUUUCUCGUUUUGGAGAUGCACAUUGUAUCCUGUUUUGAUCUUUUCAAGGCAAUUGAGAAACAUGCAAUAUAGGUCACAUUGCUAAA